UGUCGCGCUUUGCAAGGACUUAAAGAGACCCGGGGUGAAGGCGUUCGGUGGGGAGACGGGGCAGUGUGACGAGUGGGCGUAUGUUCUGGGACACAACAGAAGAUUAGAGACAAUGCCUGAAAUAAAUAUCAACCAUCUCGAUAAGCAACAGGUGGAACUCCUGGCAGAGAUGUGUAUCCUUAUUGAUGAAAAUGACAAUAAAGUUGGAGCUGACACUAAGAAAAAUUGUCACCUUAAUGAGAACAUUGAGAAAGGAUUAUUGCAUCGAGCUUUUAGUGUCUUCUUGUUUAACACUGAGAAUAAGCUUCUGCUACAGCAGAGAUCAGAUGCUAAAAUUACCUUUCCAGAUUGUUUUACCAACACUUGUUGUAGUCAUCCCUUAAAUAAUCCAAGUGAGCUUGAAGAAAAUGAGGCCAUUGGUGUGAGAAGAGCAGCACAGAGGCGUUUAAAAGCUGAAUUAGGAAUUCCCUUAGAAGAGGUUUCACCGGAGGAAAUUUAUUAUAUAACACGUUUUCACUACAAGGCACAGUCUGACAGUAUCUGGGGUGAAAAUGAAAUUGAUUGUAUUGUAGAAAUGGGAAUGGUGACUUCCAAUGUCCUACAUGUUGGAACUGAAAACGGGACUCCUGUCCCACUUUUCCGUUCUUCACCAGUAGAUGUGUUUCUCAUUCAUUUUGACAGAUUUCUCAUUGUAUUUGAAGAUCCUUAA